UUAUACCUUUACUCACAACUCAAAAUGAAGACUCUUUACGAUUUCACCAUCAAGAACAUCAAGAACCAAGACUGGAACUUGGAAUCUCUCAAGGGAAAGGUUGUCCUUAUUGUCAACGUUGCUUCCAAGUGCGGUUUUACCAAGCAGUAUGCUGGUCUCGAAGAGCUCUACAAGAACUACAAGGACAAGGACUUUGAAAUUAUCGGUGUUCCCUGCAACCAGUUUGGUGGUCAAGAACCUGGAACUGAAGAGGAAAUCGAGAACUUCUGUACUCUCACCUGGAGCGUUACUUUCCCUUUGGCCGCUAAGCAGGAUGUCAACGGUGAUCACGAGUCUCCUUUGUACGCCUGGUUGAAGGAUUCCCAAUCUGGUCUUCUUGGAAUGAAGCGUAUCAAAUGGAACUUUGAGAAAUUCUUGAUUGAUAAGGAAGGAAAGGUCGUCAACCGUUACUCUUCUCUUACUGAACCCAAGGCCAUUGCUGCUGACAUUGAGAAGCUUUUGUAAAGAAUGAAAUAUAUAUAUAUAUAUAUAAAAACUCACAAUAACCAACCCACCCACCCACCUACUUACCUACUCACUUGCUCCACAAAUACCGUAAAUAAACCCUUUAUUAUUAUAUACUCUAUUGUUUUUCUUUGAUUGAUUUGUGUAGCUGAAUAUGUUGCAUAAAACAGAUGAUGUCAUUUGAAUAAAUAAUAAUAAUAAAAACAUACCAGCUAAAAAAUACACACACACACACACACACAUAUAUAUAUAAAUACAUUUUGACACG